AUGUUUCACGUCAACGACGUGUUUAACGCCAACACUGGACUUGAGAGAUUCGUCGUCUGGCAUCAACAACAGAAGGACAUCCCACCCAGUGAUCACUACAUGCUGUUUACUGGGAUGGAGGUGGAAGAGUUCACAGGUCGAGCCUACAUGAGCAGUGCAUGCACGCCCUUUGGUGUCUCCAUAAUCAAAAGUACAGUGGACGGCCUGGUCGGUCUGAUAGCAGCACACGAGCUGGGUCACAGCCUGUCAGCGAGUCAUGACGCCAACACUGACUCCUGUCGUGACGAUGACCAGUACAUCAUGUCCACAGUGUCGUCCAGCUCUGUGGACCCCAGCAACGAGGGCAACCCAUGGAGGUUUUCCCCCUGCUCCAUCAAGGCCUUCAAGACGUAUCUACAGAUAACCGACUGUACUUUACCUGAGAAGACAAAACAGUCAAACGUUUUACCAAGUGGACCAAGUCCAGGGCAGGUGUUGACCAAAGACGAGCAGUGUGCACGGUCAUCACGUGACUCUGGCAGCCAUUACUGUAAGGACGUCCAACAAAUGAACGGGGGAGAGCAUCUAGUCUGUAGCGGGAUGUUCUGUAGCUCAGUUGAUGACUCGACAUUUUGCUACAUCACGUUACCACUGGAACACACAGCGUGCGGGGACAACAUGUGGUGCUAUGCCGGUCACUGUGUCAGCAACCUUUCAACACAAGCCACCAGUGAACCAGAAGCUGCAGGCACGGCAACAACUGCUGAUGUCACCCAAAACACGUCUCUUGCACCGCCUGAUGGAACAGCCUCACCGCCUGAUGGAACAGCCGCACCGCCUGAUGGAACAGCCGCACCGCCUGAUGGAACAGCCGCACCGCCUGAUGGAACAGCCGCACCGCCUGAUGGAACAGCCGCACCGCCUGAUGGAACAGCCGCACCGCCUGAUGGAACAGCCGCACCGCCUUCGCGAACAGCCGCACCGCCUGAUGGAACAGCUGAUAAAGCAGCCAACCCUACCACAGCCAACCCUACCACAGCCAACCCUACCACAGCCAACCCUACCUCCACCAACCCUCCACCAACCCAGCCUAAAGAAAUCCCUACCACAAAUCACGACCCAGAUAGACCAACCACCGAACCAAAACUAAAGAACCACACAGACACCACCAGAACGUGCUCGCUAGAGAUGCAGCAAAUACAAAAUUUAACAACAAACAACUCAAUGAAUCUAUCCUCUAAAUCUGUGUCUUAUUCAUCAGCGGAACAAAGCAACAACAUGAUGACCAGACAACAAACUGACUACAUUUUAAAACUUCAACAACAACAAACUUCUACAGACAAAACAGGAUCAACUAUUACAAAUUCACAAAUAUUUCAGUUUUCCUUUCAUAACCAGUUUGAUCAAUCAAACCAAGCUCAGUCCUUGACGAUUCACUCAGUUCAGUCAAUGCAACCAGCCCCAGGCUCAACCCAACAAAACGUCCAACCCGUCAACCAGCCAAUACAAGACAAUAGUCUCGGUCAGGCAUCCAACAUUAAACAUGGGAGCAACCUCCAUCAACCACUAGAGUUACACCUCCCACAACCCGACAACCUUCUCCAAGCUUUACAAUCACAACUCUCAAAACUUCAACAGCAACUCGCACAACAACCCGACAACCCCCUGACACACCAACCCGACAACCCCUUGACACAACAACCCGACAACCCCCAAAAGUCCAACAUAUUUGGAUCGAUCCCUUUGGACGGCUGUGCAAUGUUUAUCUAUCUCAGAAACUUGGACGGCUGGAUGAGUUGUAAGAACUUAUUAAAGACACCAGAAACAGAACAAAGAAGCGGCCAACCGUCACAGUAAAAGGGCUUGAGAGACGUACAUGUUACUUCAGUGAAUGUAUACAUAACUUGUUCUCAUUCAGUGGGAAUGUAUACAAUAUUUUUUUCUGAUUAAAAAACCUGUGAAUGCUUACACAACUCGUUUUGAUUCAGUAUGACGAUAUGCACAAUUUGCUAUCAUUUAGUGGGAAAAUAUUUGAUAUAUGUUAUAAUUCCAUGUGAAUGUAUACACAAUUUAUUUACUGAUUCAGUUUGAAUACAUACACAAACUCGGUCUGCACAGUUUGCUAUCAUUUAGUGUGAAAAUGUAUGCUAUUUGUUCUCAUUCAAUGUCACUGUAAACACAAUAUGUUCUCAUUAUAUGUGAAUGUAUACACAAUUUAUUUACUGAUUCGGUUUGAAUACAUACACAACUCGUUAUGACUCAGUGUGGCUGUAUGCACAAUUUGUUCUCAUUCAAUGUGACUGUAAACACCAUUUGUUCCGAUUGAAUGAGAAUGUAUACACAACUUGUUCUGAACUCCAGCCCUCUGUUUACUGCCCUUCUCCUGUUUCCUACACCAACCACUUCUGCUCUAAGAAACCACGUGACACUUGUCCUGUACGAUUCACGUUUUGUUUAAAAUUCUUGUCCAAAUUACGUUGUCCGUGUUUGAAUCGUUUGUUAUUGCGUGGCAAUUAUGAGAUCAAACACGUCGUAUUGUCCAGGCUUAUGCUAAUGUUUUAUAAGGUGUCACGCUCCACUGCACCUAAUGAAACCCGUUUUUUGCAUGAUACAUUUACUUUCACAAAUGCCUUAUACAAAUGUAUACACCUUGAAAUAAAACUGUAAAACAAAUAAAUUUGCUAUCCAAU